CAACAAAUCACCUCGGGAGAAGCCGCCAGGAACUUUGCUUGUCCACUACGCCCUUUUAGUCAAGUCCCACUUCCGCGGCCGUCGAUACCCAGCCCAGGCCUCAGCGCCCAACCGCGCCUUUGCAAGACCCGUCUUGCCGUAACCAAACAUAGCACCUCUCUGCUGCAGACUUGUCAGCGAUACCCCCAAACGCUGAUACAGACGAAAACAUGGCAACUAGGACUUCCAACGGGCCUGGAGCACCGGCACCCCAGACCGCGCAGGUGCAGCCUUGCAGGUACAAGACGGGAAAAACGCUGGGUGCAGGCAGCUACUCUGUAGUCAAAGAGUGCGUGCACAUUGACACUGGGCGAUACUAUGCUGCAAAGGUCAUCAACAAGAGGCUUAUGGCUGGCCGAGAACACAUGGUCAGAAACGAGAUUGCAGUCUUGAAGAGAGUAUCCAUGGGCCACAGGAACAUUCUCACGCUUGUAGAUUACUUUGAGACAAUGAACAAUCUCUAUCUAGUCACCGACCUUGCGCUGGGCGGCGAGCUCUUCGACCGUAUCUGUCGCAAAGGAAACUACUACGAAUCCGAUGCCGGCGACCUGAUCCGAGCCACACUGUCGGCAGUCGCGUAUCUUCAUGACCACGGUAUUGUGCACCGAGAUUUGAAGCCAGAGAAUCUCCUGUUCCGGACACCAGAGGACAAUGCCGACCUACUUAUCGCCGAUUUCGGGCUUUCUCGAAUCAUGGAUGAGGAGCAAUUCCACGUCCUCACGACAACAUGCGGUACCCCAGGCUACAUGGCACCUGAGAUUUUUAGGAAGACUGGUCACGGCAAGCCAGUUGAUAUUUGGGCCAUUGGUGUCAUUACCUACUUCCUACUCUGCGGUUAUACUCCCUUUGACCGCGACUCGAACCUCGAAGAGAUGCAGGCCAUCUUGGUUGCCGACUACUCGUUUACACCUCUGGAAUACUGGCGGGGCGUCUCCCUCACGGCGCGCGAGUUUAUCCGUCGAUGCUUGACUGUCGAUCCCGCGGCGCGCAUGACGGCUCACGAAGCGCUCUCCCAUCCUUGGAUCACCGAGCUCGGCAAGAACAACGCGGACGGUGAAGAGGAUCUGCUGCCUACUGUCAAGAAGAACUUCAACGCUAGGCGCACACUGCAUGCCGCCAUCGACACGAUUCGUGCCAUCAACCAGCUACGAGCAGGUGGCGCUGCAGGUAUGAUGGAUGGUCAGCGGUCAGCCGAACCGCGGCGAGGUGCGCCCCACGCACGCAUCCCACAGCCAGCGGAGGAGCCCGAUGAUUCAAUGGAGAUCGACAGCAGAGGAAAUGGCCACGGCCAAACCGAGGAAAUGAUUCAGGAGCAAGAGCGAAGAAUCAGGGAAACACAGCAAGGAUUGUGGGGAAAGCGGUGAUGAUGCUCGGCUUGAGGUUUUUGCAAUUUCAUUUGAUACACAGCCCAAUAGCGGCUUCAUUUUGGUCAAUUAAAUGUAUCUUGUCUGGCUCGACGUCAGGUCACGCCUACCGACAAGUUUCG